AUGGCGCCGAAUACCACGUUGACAGCGAACAUGCACACGUUCGCCGCGCGCCAUAAUACCUUCACCAUCGCGCAUCAACUUAGCAAGCGACGCGCAUCACAGACCAACGGCAAGAAGAAGGCAGCUGGCGCCAACGUAGUCGAAUGGACGCACGAGCAGCCUACUGGAGAAGAUCUCGCACGCGCCGGCUUCUUCUUUCGCCCCGCCAUAGACAGCCCGGACAACGUACAAUGUUUCCUCUGCUCCGUCAAACUCGACGGCUGGGAACCCUCCGACAACCCGAUCGAAGAGCAUCUGGCGCACUCCGGUAGCUGUGUCUGGGCGCGUAGCAUUUACGCCGGAUCUUCUGCGCAGCGAGAUUACGAUGCAGCGGCAGACCCAAUGUCUGAAGACCUGGUGGCUGCGCGCAAAGGAACGUUCAAUGUAGGAUUAGGGUGGCCGCACGAAGACAAGAAGGGCUGGAAGUGUAAGAUUGGCAAGAUGGUGGAGGCAGGAUGGUGCUAUGACCCUGCACCUGCUGGAGCCGAAGGCGUUGGCGAGGAAGAGGAGGCUGAUGGUGUUACGUGCUUCUACUGCGAUAUCAGUCUGGAUGGAUGGGAGCCAAAGGACGACCCAAUGGCAGAGCACCAGAAGCGGAGCCCAGAAUGCGCUUUCUUCGCGCUGGUAGAGAAGUUCGGUAGCGGCACAAGCAAGAAGGCGGCCAAAGGAAGAGGCAAGAAGGGUGCAUCGCGAGCGAGUACAGCCAGCAAAGCGAGCAGCAGGCUGAGCACGCAGUCGGCAUUGAGCACAUUCUCUCAGGAGCCGAGUCUCGCGGAUAUUGGGGCGGGUUUGGAAUCCAAUGUCGACGGAGCUACGGUGGAUGAUAGUAUCAUGUCAACAGCUUCGACGGCAACCGCCACAGGCAAGGGGACGAAGAAAGCUGGGAGGCCGAAAGGGGCGCCAAAGGGCGGCAAGGGCAGGAAGCGAGCGGGAACGGUGGACUCACAGGUUGAGCAUGAGCCACUGUACCCAGACUUGGGUGCAGCGAGCCAGUCGCAGGAUGUGUACGAUGAAGAGAUACGCGUCUCGUCGCCACCUCUACCAGUCGAGGAGCCAGCACCCGCUCCGGAGAAGAAGGGACGGAAAGGCACCAGGCAGUCCAAGCAACCGCAGGUCGAGUCUUCAAUACUCGAGAUCAGCUCAAUGGAGGUUUCAGCUCCAGCGAAGAAGACUACGCGUGGUCGCAAGCCCAAGACACAACCUGAACCAGAGCCUCCGGUCGCGGAUGCCAGCGACAAUAGCGAUGUCUCUGCGCAACUGCAAGAGGAGCUCGAGCGGUCAAUGGACUUCGACGCGCAGCCAGAAGACACCGCCCCACAGCCUGAAGAGCUGUCCAGAUCAAAGCGAGGUGUCAAGCGUACUUCGGAGGGGCUGGCCAAACGAGAAUCCCAGCUGAGGACCGUUAGUGCCGUCGUCGUGGAGUUCCCUGUGCCGCCGAAGGCUGCUACUGGACCCAAGGGCAAGAAAGGGAGGCAGGCGAGCAAGCAGAUUGCGCCUGCAGUCCCAGAAGAUCAAGAUACGCAGGCGGACGAACAACAGUCGACCCAGGAGGACACUCUCAUGUCAGAACUCGAGCCCGCAGCGAGCAAGCAAACGGAGACGAAGAAAGCGCCAGCCAAAGGCAAGCGAGGCGGUCGGAAAGCUUCGUCGACACGCUCGUCUCGGUCUUCGAAGGCCACUGUUGUUGCGACAGAGCCAGAGCAGACGGAGACGCAAGAAGACUUGGAGCGAGACGAGCGCGAGAUCGAGGCGGAGCUUGAACGCAUUGCUGCUGAGCAGGCGGCAUUGCAAGUAGAGCAAGAGAAUACCGCGGAGUUUGAAGUGUCGCCAUCGCAGCAGCAUACUGAGCAGGUUCGCAGCGCCGUCAGCUCACAAGCUGGCAGCCGACGGCAGAGCACGAAAGCCAAACUAUCUUCACCGCCGCAACUCCCACUGAUGGAUUUCUCUGGUAAGACAGCUACGCCAAGUCCUGCUGGUAGCGACAAGGAGAACCAGCCCUCUUCUGCCGCCGCACCCUCUACGAAGAAGCAGCCUCCAGCGCAAGCACCUAUGCUGUCUCCAACAAAGACCACUCGCAUCCCGCUCGCGCCAGGCACGCCCAACCGUGCGCUACUAUCACCAUCGAAGCGUCUCUCACUCACCAAACAGGUCCGCCAACUCACCUCAACCCAGCCCUGGAAGCCCAUCGAUCUCGACAACGUCCUUCUCGUGUCGCCACAGCCUACGCCAGGCACACUGGCCAAUCGUUUAGCCGGUGCCGCCGGAACGCUGACGUCUCCGGAGAAGGGGCUGACGGUGGAGGGCUGGAUCAUGCGGCAAGCGGAGAAGGCGGACGAGGAUCUGAGGAGGAAGUGUGAGGAAAUGGUUGGGGUGUUUGAGAGGGAGGGCGUAAGGGCUUUGGGGAGUCUGCAGGGGAUCGUUGUUGGUGGGACGUAA